CCAUUCUGGGGCAUUUUCUGCCCCUGGGCUUCGUCCAAAAACACUCCGUCGCUGUAGCAACAAGCUCUGCCUUCAGCACGAGACAGUGUGCGCGAGCGGCGCGGAGGCUUUUGUCCGGCUCAGAGAACAUGAUUGUUGUGAGAAAGUUUCCCUCAGGACCGCGUUAUUAUCGCCGCUUUUUACAGCUUUAAAUGUGUUUGUGACACAAAGGACACGAUGGACACGAUGGACACGAUGACUGGGACAACACAACGCUUCUGUGAGGGUGAGUGGAGUGAGGGAGGAAAUGACCGCCAACAAGAACUCAAAGUCCACGGCCAAAGCAGGAGGGGCUAAAGCCCCUCAGGAGAUCCCUGAUAGGUGCCAGUCUGGGUCUCCACCUACUAUUCUUGCUGCUGUAAACGAACCGUGUCGCGCUCAGUUCAGUGAGAAAGAAGACACCGGUCAGAAGAGCAGAUACACCGAAGCUGACAUAAAAGUCCAGUCUCAGAGGAACUGGAGUCAGAAAACCGCUAGCCUGCGGAGCAACUCCUUGCUUUCCACAGAGACCCACAGCGGACUCACCAAGGCCAAGAGCAUCGGCUGUCUGGAUAAGAAGCUCAGUAUCUACAAGCCUUCCGGUGGAGAAGACCGAGAGCAGAAGGAGGUGCAGCUUAAGGACGGGCCUCCUGGAGGAGAUACGGUCUGUCCUGGACCUCUCAGCUGGAGUACGCUGUCUUUAACCUCCUCCUCCUCUGCAAAAUACGUACAUAAGCGAACACUGUCACUCAGCUGUAACGGUACCGGGACCUCGUCUGCCACAAUCCGGAAGAAGAUCUCAGAAUGGGAGUGUCGGAACGUGGUUCUUCCUAGGAUGAGUUUGUGCUUGGACAACAGGCCUGGUGGUGGGAGUGAAUGCUGCCCCAGCCUCUUGUCAUCUCCUUGUAGUGAAAAGGCCUUCGACUUCAAGUCCAUGCGCAGGAUGAGCACUGCUUUUUCUGAGUGUUCCUAUCCAGAGACAGAGGAAGAGGACGGAACCUUGGAUCGAGAGUGUACCAGACGCUUCCAGAAGAGAGAAGGACAGAAGACUUUUAUCCGCAGUCGAAAAGAAACAUCUGCUGUGCUGAACCGGAUACAAAAGAUCGAGCAGGCUUUGAAAGAAAGCCCAUCUGCUCCUCCAAAGUACCUGAGCAACUGUUAUGGCUUGGAAAAGCCACGGCAGAAAUCUUUCACCAUUUCAUCACGUCACGAGGACUUGGACAGCACGUGCGACAGCAAGCGGAGCAGCAUCUGUUCUGUCGCCACUGAGCCAGACACUGUGUACCCCGGCUCAGAAAAACUCUUAAAGUUCAGACAAAGAUUCAGCGUGGCCUCGUUUACGUCCGAUAUCCAAGCUCUCCCCUGCACACAAGGCUCUUCCGGCCCACCGGGUCCACCUGGCGCUCCCGUCAACCCGCUACCCAAACCCAAGCGCACUUUUGAGUACGAUGCUAAUCGGAGCCACAAAGACUCUUCGCCUAGCAAUGGAAUACCUCCCAAUCCUGACACUCGAGUUCCAGCCACCGUUAACACACCUGUGAACUCAUUCAGAACUCCUGACAGAGAAUCGUGUGAGUCUGAAGAUGCGGUGAGUCUACCCUCCUCUUACCCCUCAUCACAAACAGAAAACGGCACAGCGUCCACGGAGCUCCACAGCCGCCCCGGCUCCAAAAGCACCGUAGAGGAAAACGCUUACGAGGACAUUACAGAGUCUAUGAAAGAGAAUCCAUAUGAGGAUGUGGACCUGAAAGGGAGAGGUCUGGCCCGCAAGGCUCGUCUGUUACCUGAGAGGUCUAAUGACUCAUUCAACAGGACAUGGACCUCCCAAGACAGGAAGUCCACAACACCUCCCCAGCUCCCAUCAAAGCCGAGCAGUCAGUCGCUGCGGCUCCUGGGCCAAGCUGACAGGAAGAGCCACCGCUUGUCUCGUUUUUCUAAGAGACACAGUCAUGAUGACAUGCUGCUGCUGCCCCAGUUGUCGUCUCCCUCCUGUGGCCUGCUGGACGACGGCCUGAGCAGCGCCAGUGACACUCUGGCCUCCCACAGACAGAGACGAAUCCCAAAGGUGGUGCAGAGAAUAAACUCUAUCUUCUGUACAAAAAGAGGGAAGAAGAGACUGAAGAAGCUUUCGCUGUCUAAUAUAGAGACAGCAUCUCUGAGAGAUGAUAACAGUGAAAGUGAGAGUGACUCCGACGACAGGUUCAAAGCUCACACUCAGAGACUCCUGAAGCUGCAGUCGAUCCUCCGCCGUGCCCCGAGUUACCGCACACUGGAGCUGCAGUUAAUCGAGUGGCAAGAACGGGAGCUGUUUGAGUACUUUGUCGUGGUUUCCCUGAAGAAGAAGCCCACUAAAAACUCGUACACACCAGAGGUCUCCUACCAGUUCCCUAAGCUGGAGAGGCCGACCAAACUCAUGCGAGAAGCCGAGCAGCGUCUCAAAGCCAUCCCACAGUUCUGCUUCCCUGAUGCUAAAGACUGGAGCCCUGUGUCCGAGUACAGCAGUGAGACCUUCUCCUUCAUGCUGACAGGAGAAGACGGAAGCCGACGUUUCGGAUACUGUAGGCGGCUCCUGCCGAGUGGGAAAGCGCAGCGUCUCCCGGAAGUGUAUUGUGUCAUCAGCAGACUGGGAUGUUUCAACCUGUUCUCUAAGAUCCUGGACGAAGUGGAGAGGAGGAGAGGGAUCUCAGCAGCUCUGGUCUACCCCUUUAUGAGGAGUCUGAUGGAAUCUCCGUUUCCAGCUCCAGGAAAAACAAUCAAAGUCAAAACCUUCCUGCCUGGUGCAGGCAAUGAGGUGAUGGAGUUGAGGAGGCCGAUGGACUCGAGGUUGGAGCAUGUGGAUUUUGAAAGCCUCUUCAGCUGUCUGAGUAUAAGACAGGUGGUGUGUGUGUUUGCCUCGCUGCUGCUGGAGCGACGGGUCAUCUUCGUGGCCGAUAAGCUCAGUGUCCUGUCCAGCUGUGCGCAUGCUGUGGUAGCUCUGCUUUACCCGUUCUCCUGGCAACACACCUUCAUCCCUGUGCUUCCCUCCUCCAUGGUGGACAUCGUGUGCUGCCCAACUCCGUUCCUGGUGGGAAUCCUUUCCAGUUCACUGGCCAAACUCAAGGAGCUGCCAGUGGAGGAGGCUUUGAUGGUUCAUCUGGGAACGGAUCGCUUCAUCAGACAGCUGGAUGACGAGGCGUCGCUCCUUCCACGCAAGCUACAGGCUGCUCUGGAGCAAGCGCUGGAGCAGAGGAACCACAUCAUCGACCAGGACUCAGACAGCGAGUCAGACGAUGAGUGUAACACGUUGAACAGCGUGGUGUCCGAGGCUUUCAUCCGAUUCUUCUUGGAGACCAUCGGACACUAUUCGCUCUUCCUGACUCAGGGAGAAAGAGGCGAGCGUGUGUUCCAGCGUGAACCCUUCCGCAAGUCCGUCGCCUCCAAAAGCAUCCGCCGCUUCCUGGGUGUCUUCAUGGAGUCUCAGAUGUUCGCAGGAUUUAUCCAGGACAGAGAGCUGAGGAAGACCAGAGCUAAAGGUCUGUUUGAGCAGAGAGCUGAGCAGUACCUGGAGGAGUUACCUGACACCGAGCAGAGUGGAGUCAACAAGUUCCUUAAAGGUUUAGGUAAUAAAAUGAAGUUUCUCCACAAAAAGAACUGAUCAUGCGGAACCCAAAAUAACUAACGACGUCUUUCCAGCACUACAUUCGAAGACUUGACACAACUUGUAUAUCUGAAGACGUGUCAGUUGAAUCGACUCGAACAGUUAAAUGUAAAUAUUUAUGAAUUAUGAUGUAGUUGAUUCUGUUUCCUGGUACAGUGUGAAUGAAAGGAGGGUAACGACAGCGGUACUGAUUAGUGUGUGAUGAUACUGAUACAGCACUACCACGCUGUGUGUGUGUGUGUGAGAUCCAGUGAGUAAAUGGAAACAAGUGUGAAUGGAUGUACAGAGUCUGUGUAGUAUUUAACACCAAAGUGCAUUUUCUACAUGUAUUAACACUUGAAGUUUCCUGUACUUGCAAUUCUUUGUUAAAAAAAAAUCAAUAAAUUCUCUCAGAUUA